UUUCACUUGUAUAUGAUUAGAUGACACAUGACGAUGUUUAUCUCUCGUUCUUACCGUUGGCUCAUAUUCUUGACCGUGCGAAUGAGGAAUACUUCUUCCGUAAAGGCGCUUCCGUUGGCUAUUACCAUGGAGAUUUGAAUGCAUUACGCGAUGAUAUUCAAGAAUUGAAACCGACUUUUCUAGCCGGAGUUCCGAGAGUCUUUGAGAGGAUCCAUGAGGGUAUUCGAAAGGCUCUUCAGGAGCUUAACCCAAGAAGGAGACUCAUCUUCUAUGCUCUCUAUAAAUACAAACUUGCGUGGAUGAAUCGUGGAUAUUCUCACAGUAAAGCUUCACGCAUGGCUGACUUCAUAGCUUUCAAAAAGGUUUAA